GCGCGUUUAUUAUUUUUUAAUAACUUCUUUAAAGCAUUAUUAUUAUAUAUGCGAUAUUAAUGCAUUCGCCUGUAACACAUGUGGGCUACGUAAAAUUACGAUAAAAUUGGCGUGUUAUUAUAUUAUCGCAUAUUAUAUUUUGCGCUUCACUUCGUAAACUCCCGUCCAGUUUCCUCUCCUGAAGUAACGAUUAAUUCCGCUUGAUUAAUAUCGGAUAUUUUGCGAUAUUAACUGAGAUAUUAUCAUUUGAUAGGAAAACAAAAAUGAGAAUUAAAUUAAUGAGCAUAUAAGAGUGUAAAUGUUGAGUUAAACGAAAAAUUUGUUCCGUUCUUUUAUAUGAGAUGAGUAUGAUUAUUAGUUACACAUUAGUAUGAAUAUAAAAAAAAAAUUACGGAACGAACUUUCCGAUCAAUUCAAUACAUAAUAUUAGAAUUUGAAUCUCAAUUGGAUAAAAUAUGCCGUACAGUACAUGGCGCUUUACCUCUCUCCUAAAUGAAUACUGUGGAAUUGGAAUCCAUCGGCUAUGUACGAGUUAUACGAGUUAUACGACCCUUCUCAACGGGCAAACUCACCAUGGUAACGAAACUGACAGCGAAACUUCAGUUUCGAUUCCAAGCCAAAAAGUCCGGAUAUAUUCACGCCUUCAGUCUUACGUGUAACCUCGCUGCUGUAAAGAGGAAAUCACGCUUUCCAGAUUUUUCCGCGAAAAAUAUCCGAAAUGCUUAAGUUUCAACAACGCACUACUCCGGAGGAUCUCAAGAUCGCCGCGUCCAUAGAACGCAAACGACAAAACGAGGAAACUAGGAAACUGCGCAUUUUUAACCCUCGCGUUAGAAAAAUUGGGAUAGACAAGGCGUUCUUGGAUAAGCAAGUCGAGGAGAAGAAGCGGCAGCACGAGUGGGAACGGGCGGAAGAAUGUCAAUUGGACGAGGCGCUCAUUCGCAGCAGCGAGCACGCCGUGCAUUUGGAGAGGCGGCAGGAGGAGGAGAGGCGAAGGAUAAAUCGGGAGGUCGAGUCCUUCCGACGGGUGCAUCAGCGGGCGGAGGACCGGCGGGAUUACGACCUGUACGACCCCGAGGCGUUAAAGAAAUCGCUGCCGGCGCGCGUGGACGACAACGGUGACGAUCCGCGGUUGGGAGCAGCGUCCGCUCAGAAGUUCGACGGCGAGGAUCGCAAUAUGCCCGAGCGUUUGAAGGCGCAGAGAGAGCAGAUGCGUUGGUGGAUACAGAGGCAAAAGGAGGAGCACGAGGCGGCCGAGAAGGCGCGACGGGACGCCGAGCAUGCCUAUCAGGAAGUCGUCCUCUCCAGGGACAGCCGUGCGACGACGCUCGCGCGGAUGGAGGAGGAAUGCCGGCGAAGGCUGAACGAAGCCACGGCGACAUUUAAUCGCGCUCUGGCCGAGGAGCAGCAACAUCGCCGUCACUGCGAAGCCGUCCAAGACGAGGAGGACAAGAAAGCGGAAAUCUAUAAUCACGUGACUGGAGAUUUCCUCACCGAGGCUCGGGAACAGGCCGAGAGCACCCAUGGACCGAGCAGGCCGCUGCCGGACCGAUACAAGGGCAUGACUGCGGACGAGUUGAAGGUCUUCAGGGAUGCUCAGCUGAAACAAAUGGAGGAGAUUCGUAAAAUCAAACUAGAAGAGAAACACAUGAACGAGAAUUGGGAUCACUUAAUGGACUCGCAUCUUCGAACCAUAUAUUCAUACGAGCAGGAAUUAAAUCAAAGAAAAUCGGAGCUCAACAAGAAAAUUGCGGAGGAGAAUUUGCGGCUUGCCGAGCAGCAGAAGCAACAUCAGGAAUACCUGAACCAUAUCGUUUAUAAGAAUCAACCGACCGCCGCUUUCUACGACCAAUUUAACAAAGGAACACGUUGAAUGCAAUCGCAAUUUUCACGUGCAACUUGUUAAAGAGAGAAAGAUCGAUAUAAAUUCUAUAAAGUAAAAAUAUAGG